AUGAAGAAGGGACAGGGUCUAUUGAAGACUAGACUGCAUGAGCACCCUUGGCAGCGGGAGUUAUUUGCGGAGACAGAAAUAAAUGCAGUGAGUACAAAUGCGACGGCUUUUGACCCACUCUCCAAGCCGAUCGGGAAAAUCAGGAGAAGUGGAAGAGGGGUAGGCGGAGCGGAGGAUUCUAUCAUGAUCGACAUGGAAAGCUGGAUCGAAGGGAAGCAUGGUCACGUCCCGCUGGGCAUCCAUGGAAAAGCGAGGGAACCACAUCUAUCUCAAGGUGCCUACUUUCCCGAGGGCAUCUACCAAAAUGUUUAG